AUGACAGACUCAAUUGACCUACCGGCUUCCUCCAAGCCCGCCGCCCCUACCGUGCGCACUGCUUAUAUCGCCCUGGGCAGCAACCUCGGCGACAGGAUAGGAUGGAUUGAAAAGGCUUGCAAGGAGAUGGAUGCCCGCGGUAUCAAGGUUAAGCGGACCAGCUGUCUGUGGGAGACGGAGCCCAUGUACGUCUUAGACCAGGAUAGAUUUGUCAAUGGAGCAUGCGAGGUUGAAACCACUCUAGAACCCCUUGAGCUUCUAGACGCACUCCAAGAUAUUGAGAACUCCCUUGGCCGCAAGAAGAUCAUUGACAAGGGACCCCGUAACAUCGACCUCGACAUUCUUCUCUACGAAAACCUCAAAUUCGACCAUGAACGCCUCAAGAUCCCUCACAUCGGUAUUCCCGAGCGCGAGUUUGUCCUUCGUCCCCUAGCAGAACUCAUCCCCGACAAACCCCUCGACCACACCCGCCCCUGGAGCCUCACCCGCGACCUCCUCGACGCCAUCCCCCCCUCCCCGACCCCCAUCACCACCAUGACGCCCCUCUCCUCCCACGGCCACCCGCCCAUCCAAGCCCUCAACCCCUCGCGCAAGACGCACAUCAUGGCUAUCCUCAACAUGACGCCCGACUCCUUUUCCGACGGCGGGCAGCACGCCUCCUCCGGCCUCGAAUCCACCAUCCAAUCCUUCCUCGACGCAGGCGCCACCAUGAUCGACGUAGGCGGGCAGUCCACCGCCCCUCGCACGCCGCAGGUCUCCGCCGAAGAAGAAAUCGGCCGCGUGGUGCCGGCUAUCAAGAUGAUCCGCGAAAAGUUCUCGCAGCGCGACGUGCUCAUUAGCGUGGACACCUACCGGGCGUCAGUGGCCGAGGCAGCCGUGGCGGCCGGUGCGGAUAUCGUGAAUGAUGUCUCGGGCGGCAGCAUGGAUCCGGACAUGUUGCCUACUGUUGCCAGGCUCGGCAGCACCAUUUGCUUGAUGCACAUGCGCGGAACGCCGGCCAACAUGUCUAGCUUGAAUGAGUACCCCGAGGCGGAGGGCGGGUUGAUCGGUGGGAUCGCGAAGGAGCUGGUGGGUAGGGUGGCGGCUGCCGAGGCGGCGGGGAUCAGGCGGUGGAGGAUCGUGUUGGACCCGGGGUUGGGGUUUGCGAAGGUGGGACCGCAGAAUGUCGAUGUGUUGAGGCACUUGGAGGAGAUGAGGAGCUGGCCUGGUCUGCAGGGGUUGCCGUGGUUGGUGGGAUCGAGUAGGAAGAGCUUCAUUGGGCAGGUGACGGGGGUGCCGACUCCUAAGGAGAGGAUUUGGGGCACGGCGGCGACGGUCGCGGCUGCGGUGCAGGGUGGGGCGGAUGUGGUUAGGGUGCAUGAUGUGAAGGAGAUGGCGCAGGUGGUUGCUAUGGCUGAUGCUAUUUGGAGGUAUUAA